GAAAAUUACCAGUACCACCAGAACCAGAGUUGUGUAGACCUCCGUAGUCGUUGGGUGUGUAUCCUCGCUGUCGGUGUUCCGUUUCUAGGUAGUUUCAUGAUCACCACGUCGAAAGAUUCUCAACGACAUCUGUGCCCAUUUAUUAGUGAGAUAAACUAUUCUUUUGUAAAUAAAUAGUGUCGGACGUUUCGCCAUCAUGUCCUCUCUUCUACGAGCACUCUUCAAUGGGACCAGUAAACAUAAAAAGUUGUCGGAAAACUGGGCCACAACGCGGGAACCCGUAGUGGAAGGGGUGACCUUCUACUGCAAAUAUCUUGGGUCAACAAUUGUGGAUGACCCGAAAGGCGAGACCACAACGGCCGAGGCCAUCAAGCGCAUCAUCCAAACGGCCAAGAUGACCCUCCUGAAGCCUGAUAAGGUCAGCCUCCACGUCUCCGUCGAGGGAAUUCGCGUCCAAUACACAGAGACCAGUGCAACGUUAAUCCACACAUCUAUUUACAAGAUCUCGUACUGCUCGGCUGACGCUCAUUAUGACCAUGUCUUCGCAUUCAUCGCUACGAACGAUAAUGAUACGUGCGAGUGUCAUGCUUUCUUGUGUCCCAAAAGGAAAAUGGCUCAAGCUGUGACAGUAUCCAUAGCACAGGCAUUCAACCUUGCUUAUGAAUAUUGGAAGAUGGCUAUGGAAAAUAAGGAAAAUGGGGAAAUCUUUGCACAUGAAGAAUUACCUGCGGAAGUGACGGUUAAUGCUGUAUCACUCAGUGAUCAGUCAAAGAGUAACAACUCCCAACCUUCGAGUCAGGCCUCUUCUCCAAUCCCCAUUCAUCCUGACUUUGGAUCCUCAGACAUGAGCACCUCAGGUUACCAGUCCAGCACCCAGGCCCUCUUGAUAGACCUUGACGAUUCUUCUGAAAAGAUGAGUGAACAAACUAAAAAUAAUGAAGUUUCCACUAAAAUUAAUAAGCCUUGGGAUGCCUUUGAUGACUUCAGUGAUGUUAGUGAUGAAUUUUCAAGAUUGGCUUUAAGGGCCGCAGAGGAACCACAGCAUUUGCCUGGGACAUCUCCAUCGGAAUGGGCCGCUCCAGGUCCUGUAGCAUUCCUGGCUCCCCUUCCAGCUUCUCAGACAGAGAAUACCUCUUGGCCAUCAGUUAGCUCACCAUCUUCAACUUCUACUGCCAGCUCUCCAACCAGUCCUUGGCAGGUUGGCCAUUCUCCCCCAGAUUUUCAGGAUGACUUUUCAAGAUCUCCAAAUAUGGCCUUCCUGCACUCAUGCCAGUCUCCAUCUAACAUAUAUGAUGGAUUCAACAGUAUUUCAAAGCAAGCAACUGCUUGUGGGAUUCCUGAAAACAAUCCAAUGCAGAAUCCAUUCAUCAGUCACAACAAUCCAGUUAUACCUGUACCCUUGAACUCUACUCCAUCAAAUCCAUUUUGUAACAUGAACACUACCAUUCCUGUUAAUGGUUGUGGUACUUGGCAGCCCAUAUGGGGUGGAAGAUUGUUUGACUCUAAGAACAAGUUGAUAUGCUCUUGAGCACCCAUUUUGGAUAAGGUUACAUCAGGUGUGCAUCUUUCAAUGUAAAGACAAUUUAUAUCGACUUUGAAGUCAUCCAGUAAUACAGCUGUAGUACAACUCCUGAAUUUUUCGAGCACUGAAGUUGUAAUACUGUUAAUAUCCUACAUAAUUUGUAGAUGAGAAGAGUAUAAAUUAGUGAUAUUUAAACAAAAUAGUUGGUAAUACAGUAAUACUUGUAGGAAAUUACACCCAAAGUACAAUUUAUACCUGCUUGUAUCAAGUAGGUUAUUUACUGCAUUUUGUUGCGUGAUGCAAAGUAUGUGCAGUUCAAGUUAUGAAAAGUUAUGAGGUGGCAGACAAGCUAACAUAAAACCAGACCCAUAAGGAUAAAUAGAUUGAACAUGUUAUGAAGUAGGCACUGCAGGUUUUGUAAGUUUUUAUCACCCUUUUUAGUACUUUUAUAAUUGCCAGUGCAUUAAUUUGUAGAAUGGUUGCACUAAGAGACUGGAUAUAAUUAAAAAAAUUUCUGAAUUAACACAGGUUCCCCAAUAAGAUUGGUGCUGAGAGCUGGGUAGUUUUUAUAAAAUUCAGUUGUCUUGUAGGAUCCAAUUACUUUAUGCUGUAACAAAAUUUUAUCCUACUAACACUUUUAAAUGGUUUCAUGCUAUAUUGUGCAAGAAACAACCAUAGAAUUUGUAAUGUGAAACUGAAGUUUCAUUUUUUGAAUUUUUUAAGAUUAACGUUAAGGGGUAGCGAUCAAAAGACAGCAUGAAAAGUUUUCAUAAUUAAAAUAUUCUUGAAUCUCACAAAUUUAGCUGUUUUGGUACAAAAUACUUUUAACUUCAGGCAACACACACUUACUCAUUGCGCUCGCUGGAUGAUACAUUAUGUAGUCAGUAACUUACAGAUUUCUGUAGGUAAAAUUUGGCGCACAUGGUAUACAAUUCAGUAAAGUACAUGCACUGAAUUUUGUAAUCUUAUUUGGAAGUAAAUAUCCUAGUAAUGUUGUAGAGAAUCUUAAAUACUGUGUUAUAGAAACAUCAUUGUUAGUCAUUUAAAGCAUUUUCCUUGUCUAUUUUAACUCAUAUAAAGGAUAAUUUUUAACAUAGGUUUACAUAUCCCUUCUUAUGGAAGUUAGUUUUGCAAAUGACUUUCUUCUCUACCACUACUGUGAUAAAUAGAGAUGCAUUUCUCGUGUAAAGUUUUCUAUAUUUGCUAUUUGGUGUAUUCUGAGGUUAAAAAUAUGCUGCAAUCUAUUUGAAGUUAAUUGUUGAUGUAGCAUUUGUUUUUCUGGUGUUAAAGGAAAUGUUAGUUGUAUAUUAGUAGUAACAGAUACAAUUCAAGUGUACUUUGGAAAAAAAAAAAUUUGAUCAUUUUGUACAUAUUGUAAAUAUAGUCAUUUUUCAUACGUACUUCUCAUCCAUUGUCUGAUAUACUGUAAUCGUGCAUUAAUUGGGCAGUGUUGCAGCGCUGUGUAGUUCUUUACUUAGGAAAUUCAAUAUAGUACUUAAAAAAAAGUUUUGACAUUGUUUUACCAUUUCUAGUACAAGGGCAUGAAUGAAUUGCCAUCAGAGUUUUAUUUAGUAGGAGGGAGUAUUGUUGUUUUGUCAAAAUUAAGGUGCACCUGUCCAACUCUUGAAUUUUUAGUCCGGUCUAGUGCCACUUGGUGAUACACAUUGGAGAUAAAUUCCAGUUCUGUGGUACUACUAUUAGUAAGUAGUUAAUUGCAACUUUCGCUAAAAGUUUAGCCGAAACAUGCAAUUUGAUUGAAGCCAUAAUUUUGAAAGAUUGUAGCUGCUGAUGAUGACAAAGACUUAAGAUCAGAAUAGUGGUUACUGGAAAUAGCUUAAAAAUUCGGUGUGUGAGGUCAGGCAUCUAGUAUUAUGGUGAUGGUAGGGGCAUAUAUUUUGUUGUUUCUAUUUUGUUGGGAAGUACCAAGAAGUUAAAAUAUUGUAUUUAAUUCUUGUAUGGAAUAAAUUUGUUAAGAAA